AUGAGCGGCGAAACAUCUGGCGCUACACCCCCGUCGGCGCACCCCCGACGAGCGAGAGGCGGAUAUACGCCGUCGUGGCGCGCGAAAGGGACGCCGAAUCCGCCGCAACAAAACACCCUGGCGGGCGGCAAAAAAUCAAAAUUGGAUGCGCGCACGCAUCAGGGCGAAUCCCGUUUCCGUAUCCCGGGAUUAUUGUUUCAUGCCGCGAUCUCUCGGGCUAACCAAUCUAUUAUGGGCUUGGUGCCAGCUUUAAAUGACCUAAGGAAUGUCGUUAUCAACUUCGACAAAGGCUUGCUGGGGACAUUUGCACCGUUGGCGCGAAAAGCGAACGGCCCUCAGGCGGCGACGGCGUUUCCACGACCACCACCUGUGUCACAACCGGGAGCCAAAAAUGAGGAAAGAGAAGAGGAAAAGUGGCCAAUGAUUAGGGCCAAUUUUCCAGGCAGGACAUACAUUGGCCAGACGCUGGAAGAUCCUGGACCGAGAUAUAUCGCCGCCGGGGGCACUUUUUACCAGUUCUUUUACAAACGUGUC